UCCGAGGCAUUGGAACCACUCUCUGGCGCCCAUUGCGAACGUGACAGACAUGGACUUGGAUGUGAACACUGACAUUUACUCAAAGGUCCUAGUCACGGUCAUAUAUGUGAAUAUUUUCCUGGUCGGGUGUUUGGGGAACUCCAUCACGUUGUACAUCUUAGUUACAAAGAAAUCUCUCCAGAACCUUCAGGGCACCGUGCACUAUCACUUGGCGAGCCUGGCCAUCUCUGAUUUACUUAUACUUAUCCUGAGCAUGCCAAUCGAACUAUAUAACUUCAUCUGGGUCCAUCACCCCUGGGCUUUUGGCGAAGCGGUGUGCAAAGGUUACUAUUUUCUCCGCGACGGUUGCUCGUAUGCCACGGCGUUCAACAUCGCCAGUCUGAGCGUGGAGCGCUACAUGGCUAUUUGUCACCCCUUCAAAGCCAAAAGCAUCAUGUCUCGCAGCCGGACCAAGAAGCUGAUUAGCGGGAUGUGGGUCGCCUCUUUCCUUCUGGCAACGCCAAUGCUCUUCACAAUGGGACAGCGAGUGGAAAACGAUGAAUACAUUUGCACUGCCAUCGUGUCAUCCGUGACAACUAAGACGGUGGUUCAGGUGAAUGCGUUCUUGUCGUUUGUGGUUCCCAUGACAUUGAUCUCGGUGCUGAACGGCGUGAUAGCGAGCCAGCUGCUGCGGAUGUUCCAGGAGGCGGCUCAGGACAACCGCAUCUGCAUCGUUGGGGGCAACGCCACCAUGCUCAGUGUCGCCGUGGAGCCCAACCGCACGCAGUCGCUACGCCACGGAGUCAUGGUGCUGCGUGCUGUGGUUAUUGCCUUUGUGGUGUGCUGGUUACCCUAUCACGUCAGAAGACUCAUGUUCUGCUAUGUCACCGACUGGCCAGAUGCCCUGUAUGACUUCUACCACUACUUCUACAUGGUGACUAAUGCGCUCUUCUACGUCAGCUCGGCGGUGAACCCCGUGCUCUACAACCUGGUGUCGGCCAACUACCGCCAGACCUUCUUCAGCACGCUGCGCCACUUCUUCUUCCCCUGCCACCGCAGCCGGCGCUCCAAACGAGCGCUCACGCGCCACUCCAUCAGCAUCUGCAGCAACCAGACCUUCUCCACCAACGUGGUCGUGAAGGAGACGGUCUACUGACUAGGAAUGCUACUGCUGAGGGUCACCUUGUCGUCCUACGCCACCCGCUCCCACCACCACCAUCGCAUCAUCUGGUACUCGAGGAUUGCCGGACAGGCCGGACUGACUUGGCGCUCGACUCGUGUGUGACGGUGCAUACACACUGCAAGCGCGAGAGGUCCACUUAACGUGUCCAGAGGUAUCUAGUUUCAGUCAGAAACGUUUAGAAUACAUGAGAACAGAUUAUCCCUUGCACACCGGAGUGCGGUGUAAGUGCGGUGCAUGUCCGGAUAGAACGUGAAUGUUAACUGUGCAGUGUGAAAGGGAACAACUGAAAAGCCUGCGCACCUCUCGGACUCGUGAUGGUCCCAGGCACGUUAAGCCCUACCACUUCAUCCAUUACUCAAGGAUCAGCAGAGGACAGCCCACAG